GCAACAAGACUGGCGGCUUUCAUGGCAGAUUACGAUAUUUAUCAAAUUGAACUUACCAGGACAUAUUCAUUCGCUGACUGGCGCGAUGACAUCAAGAAGAUGAUGAUAAAAGCAGGAGCUGAUGGAACACAGACUGUUUUCCUCUUCAGUGAUCAACAGAUCAAGGAGGAAUCAUUUGUGGAGGACAUAAACAUGAUCCUGAACACGGCGGAUAUUCCAAACCUCUUCCCUGCUGAUGAGAAAGCUGAACUGAUUGAAAAGAUGCAGAAUGUUGCGCGUCAAGAAGGGAAGAAAAUUGAGUCCACUCCACUUGCUAUGUAUAACUACUUCAUUGAGAGAGUAAAAAGUAAUCUUCAUGUCUGUCUAGCCAUGAGUCCUAUCGGUGAUUCAUUAAGAAACAGACUUCGUAUGUUUCCCUCACUCAUCAACUGCUGCACUAUUGAUUGGUUCCAGGCAUGGCCAGAAGAUGCCCUUGAGAUGGUGGCAAACAAGUUCCUUGAAGAUGUUGAUCUGGAUGAUGAUACGAGAACAAAGUGUGUCAUCAUGUGCAAGCAGUUUCAUGAAGGUGUCCGCACAUUAUCGGAGGAUUAUUGGAACAGUCUUCGACGUCGUAACUACGUCACACCAACCUCAUACUUGGAACUCAUCCUUACUUUUAAAUCUUUGCUGGGAGUUAAGCGAGAUGAAGUUAAGACAUUGCAGGAUAGAUACCUCAAUGGAUUGGAAAAACUGGAAUUCGCAAGCUCACAGGUUUCAGUUAUGCAAGCUGAAUUAACAGCUUUGCAACCAGAGUUGAUUAAAACUUCAGAGGAAACGGAUAAAAUCCUUGUAAAGAUUGAACAUGAUUCCGUGGAGGUGGAGGCUAAGAAAGAGGUAGUAGCAGCAGAUGAGAGAGUUGCCAACGAAGCAGCUUCCGUUGCUCAAGGAAUCAAAGAUGAAUGUACCGCAGAUCUCGCUGAAGCUAUGCCAGCUUUAGAAGCCGCGUUGUCUGCACUUAACACGCUCAAACCUGCGGACAUUACUAUUGUCAAGUCAAUGCAAAACCCAGCCAGUGCUAUCAAGCUUGUUCUUGAAUCUGUUUGCGUCAUGAAGGGGAUUAAAGCAGAAAGAAAACCAGAUCCAUCCGGUUCUGGCAAAAUGGUUGAAGAUUACUGGGGACCAAGUAAAAAGAUGUUAAGUGACAUGAAGUUUUUGGAUUCUUUAAAAACUUACGACAAAGACAACAUUCCAGCAGCAGUAAUCAAGAAAAUUCGUGAAAAAUAUGUUCCCAAUCCCGAGUUUAAUCCUGCUACCAUCAAGAAUGUAUCUUCUGCAUGUGAAGGUGACUACUUGUUGUAAUUCAACAUCAUUUUUAUAAUAA